GCGGAGCCGGGGGCAACAAGAGCCACAACAACCCACCCUACCUUCCCCCUGAGGCAGAGGAAGGGAACAUCGAGUACAAGCUGAAGCUGGUCAACCCGUCUCAGUAUCGUUUUGAGCACCUGGUGACCCAGAUGAAAUGGCGGCUGCAGGAGGGGCGCGGGGAGGCGGUGUACCAGAUCGGCGUCGAGGACAACGGGCUGCUGGUGGGACUGUCGGAGGAGGAAAUGAAGGACUCGCUUCACACCUUGCACCGCAUGGCCGAGAAGGUUGGUGCGGAUAUCACAGUUUUACGUGAGCGUGAGGUGGAUUAUGACAGCGAUUCCCCCAGGAAGAUCACAGAGGUUCUGAUCCGAAAGGUCCCGGACAACCAGCAGUUUCUGGACCUGCGAGUCGCCGUCCUGGGAAAUGUGGAUUCGGGGAAGUCCACUCUGCUGGGGGUCCUCACCCAGGGGGAGCUGGACAAUGGGCGGGGCCGGGCUAGGCUCAAUCUCUUCCGCCAUCUUCAUGAGAUCCAGUCUGGUCGCACUUCCAGUAUCAGCUUUGAGAUUCUUGGAUUCAAUAAAAUUCAGGGAGAGGUGGUGAAUUACAGUGAGUCCCGCACUGCAGAGCAGAUCUGUGAAAGUGCCUCCAAGAUGAUCACAUUCAUCGAUCUGGCCGGACACCACAAGUACUUGAAGACGACUAUCUUCGGCCUGACAAGCUACUGCCCGGACUUUGCCAUGCUGGUGGUGAGCGCCAACACUGGCAUUGCGGGGACUACGCGGGAGCACCUGGGUCUGGCCAUGGCUCUCAAGGUUCCAUUCUUUUUGGUGGUCAGUAAAGUGGACCUCUGUGCUCUGCCCACUGUGGACAGGACACUCCGGCAGCUGGAGCGCACACUAAAACAGCCCGGCUGUAACAAGGUGCCUUUCAUGGUGCGGACAGAGGAUGACGCCGUUACCGCCGCUCAGCAGUUUGCACAAUCACCCAACAUCACCCCGAUCUUCGCCAUCUCCAGUGUGACCGGGGAGUCUCUGGACCUCCUGAAGGUCUUCCUGAACAUUCUGCCCCCUCUCACCAACAGCCGAGAGCAAGAGGAGCUGAUGCAGCAGCUGCCGGAGUUCCAGGUUGAUGAGAUCUAUACAGUGCCUGAAGUGGGGACGGUUGUCGGAGGAACACUUUACAGUGGGGUGUGCAAGGAGGGUGAACGCCUUGUGGUGGGGCCCACAGACUCUUGCAGCUUCCUUCCGCUGAAAGUGUGCAGUAUCCAGAGGAACCGCUCCGCAUGCCGCGUGUUACGUGCUGGACAAGCUGCGACUCUGGCGCUGGGGGCAUUUGACCGCUCUCUGCUCCGAAAGGGCAUGGUGCUGGUGAGUCCAGAAAUGAUGCCCACAGUGUGUUGGGUCUUCGAGGCAGAAAUCGUCCUUCUCUUCCAUGCUACCUCCUGCAGGCGCGGAGUGCAGGUCACUGUGCACGUGGGAAAUGUCCGGCAAACAGCCAUCCUGGAGAACAUCCAUGGAAAGGAUGAGCUGCGGACAGGAGAGAAGGCCGUCGUACGCUUCCGCUUCAUCAAGCACCCUGAAUAUUUAAAGCCGGGUACCAAGCUCCUGUUCAGGGAAGGAGUGACGAAGGGUAUUGGACAUGUAUGCAGCAUGCAAGUCCUAGCCACGGAGAUCUGCCACCUUUGACCCGAGACUCUGCCCACGUGGCAACUUCACACCACAGUGCCAAGGAAGACGUUCCUGUGGAGUUGUGUUCAUCUUCGGGAAUCACCGGUCUGGUCCUUACACCGAGAACCCCAUUGUACCCUGGGAAUUACUGGUCCAGUCCUCACACCGAGGGCCUAUUAAACCCCACUUUUAGCCUUUCCGCUCUACCCGCUUUUAAUCUAUGACAUCUUUUAUAUACAUAAGUGGUUUUUAGAAUCCCCCUUUUUUACUGUUCUUAAUUUUUUUUUUUUAAGACACAGAAGGCCAGACGUGGAUGUUUUCUUGUUACUCUGACCCGUCAUGGUGUUGAGUGAUCCAGCAUAGUGAGCUUCCAGACCGGUGACCCCUGUUAUUGUUUGUCUUAGGACAGGUCCUCACAGUGGCUGCAGUCCGGGCGUCUCCAUAUAACGGAGCAAGUCCAGAAGAUGGAGGUAUAAAGCUGCAAAUCGCUCCACAAAUGUAGAUGACAUCGGCUCAUUCAUUUCUAUAUUAUUCAAAGUAAAUCGCUCCCUUUUCCUUCUUUCCAAAGACCCUUUUGUGUCCAUCAAACGAGGUAACAACUGCCGUCUUGUGCAGAGAGUACGAGGAGCAGUGAGUGGGACAUAAUUGGGCAUUUUCUCCGGGUUUACAAGGUUUGAAGCUGCUGGUUAGCCAGGUGGCUCAGCUCCGUGGCACAAACUGGAGCUCUGCAGCUGUUUGUAGCAGUCGGUGGUCAGAGAUGUGAUUCG